AAAAAAAAUAUAUAUAUUUCAAAUCAAUAAAUUAACAAAAAUGGCAGAAUAUAGUUCUUACGAUAUUUUUGCUUUACUUAUUAGUAUAUUGCUUCCUCCUUUGGGAGUAUUAAUGAAAAGAGGUUUUCGUGGUGAUUUUUGGCUCAAUAUUCUUUUAACAAUCCUAGGGUGGCUUCCGGGAUUAUUCCAUGCAUUUUACGUAAUUUAUAAAUACCGGGAUGACCCAGCACAUGGAACGCAUGGAACGCAUGAAACUCAUGGAAAACAUGGAACGCAUGGAACGUAUGGAACGUAUGGAACACACGGAAAACAUGGAACACGUCCCCAGAAAAUAAUAAUUAAUUCAGAUAAUAAUACACCACCAAUGUCAAAUAAUCAACCACAAUCACAAUAUCACCACCAAUCACAAGAUAAACCAAAUUACCAACCAAAUUAUCAACCACAAUAUCAACAGCAGUACACUUCCCCAUCAACACCUCCGCGUCCAAUGAAUAAAGAUAAGGGUAAAGAUCCCUUUCAUGAUGAUAAUCAUGCAGGAACUUCUAACGAAAUUCCCCCCGCUUAUGGUGAUCACAAAAACGAUGAAUUAAGAGGGGAAUCAAAUCAAUAUUAUAGGGAUGAUAAGAAAGUCUAACAGAAAAACAUUUAUAAACAAUCAUUUAUUAGUUAAAAAAAUAUAUAUAUCAUAUAUAAUAUAUAAUUUAUUUUAAAUAUGUGUUAAUUAAUAUGUAUUUUUAACAUAAGCAUCUUAUUUAUGUCUUUUUUUUA